AUGGCUGACUUUCAGGAACCUUCUCCAUCCAGGCGCCCAGCUACGGUUUCUAACGCUUCAUACCUACGAUAUCCUACUCUGCCGCCGUUGAGCGGAUCGGUUGAAGAGUGGUUAUCUCGCUCGCGGCCUACCACUAUCAGCAUGACGUCAACCCCUCUGUCAGAGCAGCCUUCCACCAAAUCGUUGAGCGAAAGCUGGGCCACUUUGAGUGCAUCUGAUAUCCAGUCCGAGGAUGGAGGUCGAUCUGAACCCACUGAUGCUGGCUCUUUAAUCGACCAAGCCGGACCCGAUGAUGUUGCCAGCCUAGAUGAUGAUCAGUACAGCUGCAGCGAAACCGGAAAUGAUGAAAAAUGCUUCGAAGACGAAGACGACGGCUACGACUCCAAGAGCAAUAUCUCCGAUUCGCAGGAACUACCCGCCCUUUUCCCGCAGAUUGGGGGUUCUAUCGAUGACAGCAAUCUCACAGCACAAACCGCAUUUCGUCCACCAGCCGAAUCUAUUGAGUUCGCUGAGCCUGAAGAAUGGCCCGCAGUUGAACGGGUGGAACUGAAACACACAAUCCGCGUCUUUGGGCGUAUGGAAGCUGCGGAGCUGCAGCGACAGCUGCCGUUCAAUCUUGAUGACUGCAUCCUUACGGCUACCGUCCAGCAGACGAUGACCAAGAGAAGCCUCGAUACUGAUAAGCCCUUCCGUGUUCUGUAUGUUGGCAGUCCCGAGUUUCGAAACAUCAUCCUCGACAAAAUCGGUGACGUCCUCGUAUCAAACAUCUGUAGCGGCUUCGAAAGCAGCUCCACGGAAUCUUCUCGGUACCAUGUGGUCCCUACGUCAUAUGGCGUGGGUGCCGUCCCUAAUUUUGCGGAGCUCCUUCCGAUUCACGUUCAGCUCAUCGUCGAUGAAUGUCUUGAAGCUUCCUCAGACACUCACAGUGAUGGUCCUAGUACAAUCGUCUUGAACUUGAAGAAUAGGCCCCCCAGCACAUCAUCGUGGACGGGGAGGGGAUAUUCCAUCUCGUCCCCUUCCGAAUGGACACUACCGGAUGUUGCUAUUAUUUUCGUGUCCAACUCUGACACGCCUGUGACCAGGGAGGCACAGAGACUGGCUCGUAUCGCCAUGGAGAGACACGACACCCCGACUAUGGUCAUUUCCGAGCAGCCACUUUGGAAAAUGACUCAAGAGCCAAUCCCGCUUAACCAUAACAGUCUUCACAUGUGCCUGGAAUCCCGUCAUCAACUGACUGGGAAGAUGACGGUGGUGCGACGGUACCCGAUUGAUCUGAAGACUUUUGAAAGCAUUACUCCCGGCCAGCUGAAUCGAAACCUGGCCUCGUUGGCAAGCAGCUACCCCAAGCAAUCCUGCAAAAACAUCGCCGGAGACCCUCAACCUGCCCAGAGCAAGCUAUUCCUUGAGACAAAGAAGUACGCAAUGCGAUUUUCUCCUCUUGCAUACUUGGGUAACAAGUAUGGCUCGGUGCUGCCAUUGUGCCUUAUGGCUUUGACUCUCCUGUCUGCCAUCAUCACCGGUCUUUCCCCCUCCUAUAUAUUCAACAACCAGGAAAGCACUGGGUUAAGUGUAGUUCCCAACACUAGUAACCCUCCAGUUGACGAUCUGCGCCAAACCUCCCUCUCGAUCAUGUCCUUGACCUCCGCAGAGACCCAAUUUUCAAGGCCACAAUCUCAGGAACAAGGUAGACUAGAUGACCUGAUUGAAGAGGUGGGGCUCUCUCCGAGGCAACUGGAAAGCUCAGAUGGAUUUGAGAUUCAGGUAGUUGGAGACUGCCACUUGGUUAUCAAGCCCCCGCAGAAGACGCCCUCCAGCAAAAAGCAGCCUAAAUUUAGCGUGCAAGUCUUCCGGCGUGAAAAGACCUUGACUUACGAGCUUUCGAAGUUAUUUGACGGCGUUUACACCCUCAAGUUGGAUCGAGGUGAUGCAUACGGGAUAGUGGAUGUCACGAUAACCACGCAUUCGAAGUCUCCCGUCAAUGAGACGAUAUCGGUAGAUCUGGGGACACCCUGGCUGAAGAUUGCAAACUGGAAACGAGCAGCUCAGGUCAUCACCUCCCAGCUAAUGAGGGACUUUAACACCGCGCAUACCGGAUUUUCCGAGGCUUAUGGCCGGCUCUUCACUGAUCUGCAGGUGUUGAUGGGUGACGUGGUGAAAAGAGCACAUGUCUUGCGUCGAGAAGCUGAUGAGCUCCGGCGUGAUUCAUUCGGGGUGUCUUUUGAAACUCGCGACGUGGUUCUCUCCCGGUCAAAGCAGUUGUCGGAAGUCAUCAAACGCAAUGCUGUUCAGCCGUUCUUAGCAGCCUCAUCGGUAUUGCAAGAUCAUACCGUUAAAGUAAACCGAGAAGCAAAAGAGAUGAUGAGCGACACGUGGAAGAAGCUCAGUACUCAUGCUCAUGCUCAUGGUCUUGACAUUUUGGCAUGGAAGGAUCAUGUGCGAAAUGCGAGGAAGUGCAAGGCUUUGGACAAGGCGCAGAAGAAAGCAAAGGGCUUGAUGCAGCGAAAGAGAUUGCCCUCCCGCUGA